AUGCUCUUCACAUUAUUGUUCAUUACUUUUACGAAUUACAUUCUGGCAGCCAUCAGCGAUCUCAACUGCACACAUUACGUCGAAAAUGCUUUUAAGUACUCACCAAAAGCUACGAAUUGUGCAAACAAACUUGAUGACAAAUACUGCCAGACUACCUUUCAAGCCCCACCCGAAGUAAACACUGACGCCGAUAGGCAGUCAAAGUGCUACAAGGAUUCGACGGACACUAUAAGUGAAGAAGUGAAGAACUUUGUAAUCAGCGGUUGCCCACGCUCAUGCGCUUAUUGCUGCCUGACUCCAGCAUACAACUGUGAAAAUAAGCAAUACCCUCGCAUUUCUUGUUCUUUGGUAACCGCAGCAAUGUGUAACCACGUUAUAUGGAAGAGUUUACUUGCUGAAGAUUGCCCUAAUGUUUGCGGAUUUUGCGAGGAAGGUGAGUUUCCAAUCCAAUGUUUCGGUAUCUUGCAAUGGUCAUUCUACACAUAA